CUACUCAGUCUGCUCUCUACUCUCCCAGCUCUCCUGUUUCAUGCAGACUGCCUGCCUUCCAGCGUAGUGCUGUCCUUUCACUCUCCACUAUUCAUUACCAUCUUGUGUGUAUUUUCACAAACCUACUAAGGUGGACCAAAAGCGCUGGCACAGAGGACUGACGAGUUCAUGCUCAGAUGAAAGAAGCAUACAUAUAGAUGUAACUUGUCCUACAAAGACAGAAGCGUCUACUAAAUUGCAGUUUUGUUAGAAAGGAUAGAACACUCACUCACAAAGGCUGCCAGCUCAAAGCGUACCCAACACAAGUAGAUGACUGAGAACUCUGCAUCUCAUGAUGGACAAGAAAAGUGCCAACGGCUUUCAGACCAAGGUCAACGAGGGCGGUGUACAGAGGAAACAGCUGCCCUAUUCAGUGGAGACUCCCUAUGGCUUCCAUCUGGAUCUUGACUUCCUCAAGUAUGUGGAUGAUAUUGAAAAAGGCAACACCAUUAAGAGGGUCCACAUCCAAAGGAGGGUGAAAGGCCCAGCUAAAUUCAGCACUCUUCCCAGAAAUUUUAGCCUCCCUGGACAUGGAGUCAGGCCUCCACCUAAGGAAGGGGCAUGGUCUGGGACAUCUACCUUGGGCCCAAAGCCCAAAUCCCGAGUGACAGAGGUCCAACAAAUAUUUGACUUUAGGCCAAGUGAAGGGGCAAUAUCCAGUCAUAGCAGCAGAGCGACAACCAGCCAAGGAACUGCAAAUGUUUCAAACAAAUCUAGAGAUGAACCAGGCUCUGUCUAUCAAGGUACUGAGGGUAAAACUGCUGUGAUUCAAAGUCGACCAAACCUCCUUAGAGCGUCAUCAAUGCCCAUCACCCUCCAGCAGAGGAAAGGUUCAGAUUCAAGCAGCCCUGAUUGCACGACGGGAACGCCAGAAAAUGGAUCAACAGAGAACAUGUUCCGUGCCUCUCCAGACAUAUUGGAAAGACGGUGCCUUCCACAGGAUCGGGCAGGUCUUCACCAGCAGAUAACAGUGGCACUAAAAAGAGUCAGGGAGCUGGAAGAACAGGUCAAAACUAUCCCAGAACUAAAGGCUCAGAUCUGCUCCUUAAGGGAAGAGCGGGAGAAGCUGCUUCGUCAGAUACAAACACAGUCCCAAGUUCAAGCUUCCACAUCAUCCUCUGCAAUGGCAACAACUUAUGAGACAGGGGGAAACAGUCAACGCCAAAGACCAAGACCUUCAGAAGGCCUCAAUUUAUCUUUAGCAAUUCAACCGGUUCGAGGUGUAGCUUCUGAGCAUGUGCCAGUAAAUGUAGAAGAGAGCCACAGGGAGACAAAAAGAACAAAAGAGCUACCAAUACAGAGAGAUCCUUCUACAAAUCAAAAGCAAAGUGUACCAUCAGAGAAAGCUGACAAGCAAAAAGAGACAUCUAAAAGCCUGCAAGAUAAUGCAGAGGAAAGGCUAUCACAGGACACUGAAGUUGUUGCAAAAGAAAGUGAGAAUAUCAGAGAGAGCAAUGCAUCAAAAGAGGACCAAAAUGGAAUGCUAAAGCUGGAAGAAAAGCUAAUGGUGCUGGAAGCAAAACUUACUCAGGCUAGCCAGGAGCUAGAGAGAACUAAUGCUCUUUUGAAGGAACAACUGGAAGAGAAUAAAGCUAAAGAGGACAGAAUAUUGCAACUGAGUGAAGGGAUGAGAGUAGAAAUUUGUACCACACAAGUUCCUGAGAGGCCAAGAAGAGAAAGCAUAGAUGCAGGAACAUUUACAGAGAGAAUAGAUCUCAGCCACCAAGAAACUGAGACAGAAUCUCCUGCUAAAAUAGAUCAAGGAACAGAUACGGAUAAGAUCUUGGUAGAAGUGAUAGUACCCAAGCCGAGGGCUAGAAGUAUUGAUCGAGGAAUAGCGACUAGUAAGCUUGACACACAUGACCAACAAACAGAAAUGGAGGCAGAGGUAACAGCGGCAAUACAACCUCGACCCAGAGCCAACAGUAUGGAACGGGGUACAAUAACAGAGAGCAUCGUCACGCAAGAUCAGACGACCGAGACGCCUGCAGCCGAAAGAGUAAACCAAGUCACAGAGACAGAGGGAGAAACAGUGACAGACCAUCCACAGAGACCAAGGGCCAGUAGCAUAGAUCAGGGAACAGAGACUGAAAGGGUGGACACUGUGGACAGAGUCACAGAGACCGAGGCAGCACAGAGGAGCGACCAGCAAACAGAAACAGAGAUAGAAAGACAGCAGGACAACAACCUGUCUGCAGACGCACAAGCAGAGGGUCGAGUGGGGGAAAGUGAAACCACUGUAAGGGCAGAUAUUGGUCAUCCUGUCAACAGCACAGCUGAAAGUGAAAAAACUAAAAAAGUAGUUCAAAUAGAAAGUGAAAAUGUUGCUGUAGAGGUUGCUGCAAAGAUGUCUGUUACAGAUGUUGAAGGCAUUGUUGUGCAAACUUUAGAUUCAGAAGUUGGAAAAAAGACUAAAGUCUGUCCCAGUCCAGCCUCUGGAACUGAUAAGAGGGAAGUGACCUCUGCACAGGAUGACUCAAAACCUAAAGAGCUCCAACUCUCAACUGGUGUAGAAAUUAUAGAACCUAAAAAGACUGAGAUGGAGACAGCAGAAAACAAAGAUAAAGAAAUUGUGUGCGAAUCAAUUAAGGAAAAUGUCGUCCCUGAUACUGUUGUAGUAAUAGCCGAAAAUUCAGCUGUGAAGGCAGUAGCUCCUGUUAGACCACAGAGAGGACGCAAGCCCUCAGCAGAGAAAAUGCAGCCAACACCUCCUCAGCCUCAGCUUGCACCCAUGCUCACUACUAGGGAAUCCAGUGAACCUGAAUCUGAGAAAAUCACAACAAAAGUCCAGACUGCACCACGCCUAGAGGCUGAGUUAUCAGUACAACCCUCUGAACCACAGGAAAAUGAUCAAAUGCCAUCUGUGCCUCAAGUUCAAGACAGUAGUCAAGCAGAGAAGCUGCCUGAUGAGUUGAUUGAGAAGGAGUCUAAUGUACAACCUCAGGGUGAAUCUCAAAGCGUUUCUUCUAGCUCUAGUGAGAUAAAAGUAAAGACCAAGCCCAUUCAGCCACACACUAAGUCUCAACCUGCAUCUCGUCGGGACUCAAAAGAGCAGAAAGCGCCACAGAGGGGAUCCAGUGUAUCACACCCUCCAAGUCGUGAGUCAGGAGAAACAAAGACUCGUCAAAUCCGCCACGGGUCAGGUGAUACCCCAUCUCACUCCCAGAGCUUGCGAAGAAGCUCCACUGAGGCUCCAUCAUCUCAAAAAGAUGCCAGAGAGACACAAUCGCUUCGGAGAGGCUCAAGCGAAGCAGCUCAGCGUCGUGGUUCAAGUGAGGCAAAAGCCUUGCGGCGGGAAUCUGGCGAAUCUCAGACAGCCCGCAGAGGUUCUGGUGAAUCGCCAACAUCUCCUGCGGCGUUAGGACAAGUCGUAACUCGAAUAACAGGCCUUCUUGGGGAGCAAUGGGCACAGCUUGGGAGCAGCUCUGGAGCCCAACAGACGGCCGGCCAACAGGAGAGCCCCAUAGCACCAAAACAGACUGCAACCAAAAGAGCAGAAGCAGGAAAGGGAACCCCAGCCAAGCCCGCAGGCAAAGGUGCCCCUGCUGCAACAACUGGGAAAGCAGCGGGGAAGUCCAGUGCUUCCAAAAUGAGUUCAAUUCAAAGCCAACUGGUCAGCUCCCUCAGUGUCCUUUCAGCCUUCUACUCCCCAGGCCAGAAAGCAGCUGCCACCAGCAAGCAGCAAGAGCAAGGUCUCAAAUCUAUUAUGAAGAAAAAUGGUGUUGCUGACAAGCAGGGGAGCAAGGGAGCCAAGAAAAACCUGAAAUUUGUUGGGGUGAAUGGAGGCUACGAGACGACAUCCAGCGAGGACUCCAGCGGAGAUGAAAAGUCAAGAGUAGAAGUGGAGGAGGAAGAUAAAUCCGAAGUGGUGGUGGAGAAGGAAACCGACAAGGAGUCUGAGGAAUCAGUAGGGAUCCUGGGGGCAGAUGUAGAGGUUGCUGUUGCUGCUGCUGCUCCUGCUGCUGCUCCUGAGGAGGAGGAAGGUGCUGUGGGUGAAGAGAAAGAGGUUGAGAGGGGCCUGUUGGAUUUAGAAGGUGGCCAUGAGCUCCUGCAGGUGGAGGAGGCUGAAAGGGAGAAAGUAGAUAAAGGAUUCAUUGAUGCCUGCGUGUAUGUGAAGGAUCGAAUGGAAGAGGUUUCAUCUCCAGAUAAAGAAAUGCGUCAGGUGUUGGUGGUKCUUUAUCAGGAAUGGUUCAGGGUCUCGAGCCAGAAAGACUCCCAGGCAGAUACAGUCAGAUUAUACCUGAGACAAGUGGGACUGACCACCCCCACUCUCCUGCCAUAUGUUGUUAACUUGACUGACGGUAAUGGGAAUAUGGCCCUCCACUACAGUGUGUCUCAUUCUAACUUCCCUGUGGUCAAGCUGCUGCUAGACACUGGUCUUUGUGAAACAGAUAAUGUGAAUAARGCGGGAUAUACUCCAGUGAUGUUGGCUGCCCUGACCGCUGCUGAAARCCCAGAUGAUUUAGAGGUGGCCGAGCAGCUGCUAAAACUUGGCGAUGUCAACUCACGCUCCAGACAGGCUGGCCAGACCGCGCUCAUGCUUGCAGUGAGCCACGGUCGCGUUGCCAUGGUGAAGCUGCUUCUGAGCUGCGGCGCAGAUGUAAAUGCACAGGACAGUGAGGGAUCUACGGCCCUGAUGUGUGCCUCCGAGCAUGGACACACGCACAUUGCUUGUUUGCUGCUGGAGACAGGUCGCUGUGAUAUCAGACUCACAGAUAAGAAUGGACAAACAGCCCUGUCGGUGGCAGAAGCAGCUGCUCAUCAAGACAUCAUCAAUCUUCUAAAAUCCCAUGCAUCUGAGCCCAUGUCUGCUGCAGACCUCCUCUGAGUUCUACACUGUUUUCCAAACCAUUCUAGGUCAACAUCUGCCUCUAUUUCCACGAUCCUCUUCCCACCAACAGAAUGGGAAAAAAAACAAAAAAACAAAAGUAAAUACUGAAUAUGAUGCUUUAUGAAGAUAAGCAUGGGGCUGCCUUUAUGACCUCUGGGAAUAGAGUGUUUCUUUUAUGCCUCGACUAUAAUGUCGUGUUUUUUUUUUGUUUUUUUUUAAUGAAAUGAUUAAUGAGGGUUAAACAAAGUUAAAAUAACAUAUUGCUAUGGCAACAAUUGGAGCCAGCAGGGAACAGGGUGAGAAUAAAAAAAAAAAGGAACAUACGGGAGAGAACUUCUGAACUGCUGCAUCUUAAUAUAAACUAACUCUUAAAGCAAAAUACUAAGCACAUGAUCUACCUUUCAAAUAUAUAAAAUAUAACAUAAUUUCUAUUUUCUUUAAUCACAUUGACAUUGUUUUUUUUCCAUAUUUGGACAUAAGCCAUUAUUGAGAGCAUCUUAUAUACAGAAUAUUAUUCUAACAGAAUGACAUGAUCAUACAAACAGAGACUGUAUUUUCUACUGCACUUUUUUUUACUGUGUAUGUGUACAGUGAAUAUGAAUAUAUUCAACUCCUGGAAACUAUAUAGCACGGAGUUAUAAAAGAAGUGACAUCAAAUAAUGAAUCAUUACUCCACAGUGGUCAUGUUUUUCACGUGGUUCAUGGGUGAUCAUCAUUUGUGAGUUAUUGAAAAACAAAUGGUUUAGUCUAAAAUGAAAUUCAGUAUUUUUUAUAACAAUAUAUUGAGGCUGAGAAAAGACAAGUCAAGAGAUUGUAUUGAGCUGCAUGCUAAUACAGUUACUCCCCCUACUGGCUGUUUUAAAUAUAGCGUCACAAACCAGUAUGUUGUAAUACUGUUUGUGAUCCUCAGCUGUCUGUAUACAUAUAUAAAUAUAUAGUAUCUCACAAAAGUGAGUAAAUCCUAUUUUACAUUAAAUAUUUUAUUAUAUCUCUUCAUGGGACAACACUGACGACAUACUGAAGCAGGGUUCAGUAGCCACUUUACAGCUUCUGUAUCCCAGUAAAUUUACAAUCCCGUAAAAAAAUGAGUGCAUCCCCAAGUGAAAAUGUUCAAAUUAUGACCAAAGUGCCAACAUUUCAUGUGGCCUCCCUCAUUUUUCUGUACUGUCUUAACUCUCUUAAUUUAAUAGGGUUUCGGUCUGGUUCAGCAAUACUGCCUUGUGGCCGAGUUUUCGAAGGAAAAGGAUCAUGAAACUUCCCACAGCCAGCAAUGCUUGUGCACCCUCAAACCGUGAUACACCCACUGCCAUACUUGACGGUAGGCACGACACACUUGUCUUUUUACUCCUCACGUGGUUGCUGCCACAACCAGGUGAGGUUAAACCAGCAGGUUUAUCCUGGUCUCAUCAGACCAUAGGAACAUGGUUACCAUCUGCUUCUCUGGCUGCUGAAUUUCUUGUGCAUCUUCUUUAGAAAAGAGUACCUUCUGGGAGCACAGACCAAUUAGAUGCACCAUAUGGUUUGAUCACUGACAGGCUGAACUCAACCCCAACACCAUCUGCAGCAGUGAUAGCACCCAUAGGUCGGUUUUCAAAAGGCAACCUCUGGAUACAACGCAGAACAUGUGCACUCAACUUACGUGGUCAUUACACCAGGGAGGGAAAAUGGCUAACUUAGCACAAUUUGGACAUUUUCACUUGAGGGUAUUCUCACCUUUGUUGGCAAUGACUUUGCCAAAAAAGCCAUUGCUCAUAACUAACAUUAUUUUGAGGGGACAGAAAACACACAGUUAUACAUGUGGUACACUGACUACUUUACAUUAUAUCAAAGUGUUAUACCUUCUGUGUCGUCCCAUCAAGAGGUAAAAUAGAAUGCUAACAAAAUACAAGGGGUGCACCCAGUAUUGUGAUAUAUAUCUAUAUGUCUCUCUAUUUACAUAGAUAGAUAUAUAUGUCUAUAUAAAUAUAUAUCUGUUUAUAUAUACAUAUAGAGGGCUGUUUGUGUGAUUGUUCUAACCAUGUAUGCAACACGUACAGAAUGCACAAUGAAUGUUGGGCUGGCUGUGACACAUUCCAAAAGAAUGAAAAUGUAGCAAGUUUUAACUAACCCUGCAUGGAUGACAAGUGCAAGACUUAACUUUAUUACAAAUAUACGUCUAAAGACUUUAAAUUAGUCCUGGUGAUGAAGCGGUCUUUAGAUUGUAGAGCUUAGUUCAUUAGGCUCUCCUACCCAUCAGACCAGACAUAUUAAAAUCCUCAGCAGGGAGUUUUGUUUGCAAUAAGAAGCAAUAAAAAAUAUUAUGUACGGGACUCURGUGCAGCCUUAAAUGGAUAACCGUUCUUAUUCUAGAGCUGAGGUUUUAUUUUCCAGGGAAACAGAUGUUCAUUUGUGGAGCCUUUUCUAAUGCAGCUCCUUGCAGGAGUGUGGUCUUAUGAAAUGUUUACAAUGAAACAUUCCUUCCACAGUGACCACAGCAGAUGCCAAACAUCUAACAAUGUUUACAUGAUCAAAGGGGAUAAGAUGGAAAUAAUAAUUCAGCAAAUGUUUAAAUAAUACAUUUAAUUAUUUUACCUCAGUUUAGCCUUUAGUGGGAUUAAUAAAUACAAGUCAUGUCAGUUACGGAAUUCUGGUAAAACUGUAUGAAAAGCCUUAAAAUAAAUUAAAUACUAAUUGCAGUGGCAUAAUCUUACAUUGAUUUAGUUGUGAGAAAAUCUUAUAUUAAGAAUUUGUUUGGUUUUGUCUGUUGAGGGAGAGCUGGUGUCUCACAGCCAUUUCGUUGAAAAUAAUUAUUCCCUGAAGCAAAAUUUUCCCCUCACUGAAUAAAAGUACAGACAAAUAGAAAGGGGUGAUAUUAUUUAACAUGUUUAGUGUCAGAUCAUGUUACUUCAAUUAAAGACUGAUUUUUUUUUUAAGGCUUUAAACAUGUCUUUGCCAGAGGUGCCAAUAAAUGUGGAGGGCUGUUAAUGAGGCCUUGUUAAAUCUGAUUUAUGUUGGGGAACAUCUGUUUGCAAGAGUCAUUGGAGCUACAAGUCGAAUAUUGUCAUGUAAGGUAAUAAAUAUAUAAGUAGCAAUCCAAUCUGCAUGACAAAAUCAGUUUCUGUGAUGAGGGAAAACUUCAGGCAAUUAAUCAAACUGGAGGAUUUCUAGCACAAGAUUAACAUAACAACUGUUACUUUAACAACAUUUAGGCCUUACUUAUCUCUAAAACUUGAUUUCAGUUUCAUUAGUUUUCCUUAAUAAUACAUUUAAUUGCUUUCUUGACAUGCCACUAAGAUCUGUUGUAUUCUAAUUUUCUUUUCAUUGCGGUCACACCAUCGAUCCCAAAUACUGUAAACUAAAUCAAAAGUAGGCACAGAAUUGGGACUAUAACUGUAAUUUGAAAAAAAAGAAUUAUUUGUAUGAAUAUAUAUAUAAAGUCAGAAUUUACAUGAAACAUAACUUUUUACAAAUGGACUAAAUAAUAGCACAUAUUUCUAUGUAGCAUUAAUUAUUCGAUGUGCUACAGUUACAGAUUAGAAGAGAAAUGUAUAAAUAAAUGUUCCUUUUGCAUAGCUGCGGGACGUCAAACCCGUGCCGAGAGAAGUGUCUGGUCUUCCGUGCCUACACAUCUUUAUGGAAAUUUAUGUUUAAUCCAGUGUGUGACCCAGAUGUUGUACGAUUUCACGUCUGGUUGAUCACCAAAGACCUGAAAUCAACUUUGUUCCACCUGGGGUCAAAUUUGUGUGUUUUCUUCUGUAAAUCCAGCCAAAUACAUGUAUAUAAAGUAUUGUGAAAAAUAUAUAACAAGUAUUGUCUGACAGUCUUAUAAUUAUAUGAGGUAUUUAUUCUAAAUGCUAUAUUUUUACCAUAUAUAUAUAUAUAUAUAUAAAUAUAUGACAACAUUAUGUAUGCAUGGAGACAAAUAUUCAAGUAAUAGUGCUCGAAGGGAACCGGACUGUCAUUAUUUCACUUUUACUGGUUGGAUGUUUGUGAUAAUGUGUGACUUGAUAAAGUUGUGGAUUAUCGUGCGCCCAUCAGGCCAAUUUGGAAAUGUUUAGGAAAUCAGCAAAAAGGAAUCUCCUGCAGACCUAUUAGGGCGAUGUCUCCCUAGUUUGAAUAUCAAUCUGAGAGCCCAUAAAUAAUACAGAUUAAAAUAAAAAUAAAAAUAUUUACUUUUCUGUAAUAUUCUAUGUGAAACAAGCUUAUAUCUAACAGACCAGAGAACUACUUCUAAAUAAAUAUUUUAAAAAUGA